AUGGCUUCCCUCAUGCUCAUCGUCUUCCUCGUCGAGGCCACCGUGAGCUUCAUCAACGCCGUCGGUGCGGCCAAGAUCAACGACCUGCUCUGGACCCUCAUCAACUUCCUCCCCGUGCCGACCUCCAAAGCCGCCGCCGAGCAGCGAACAGUCCAAGCCGACUAUCUUGCCGUGCGGCGGGAGAUGAACGCCACGAGCAGCCAGGACGAGUUUGCAAAGUGGGCAAAGCUGAGGCGCAAGCACGACAAGCUCCUCGAGCAGCUUGAGGCAUCGAAAAAGGGACUCGAUUCCGCCCGCUCCAAGUUCGACAGCGCCCUCACAGCCUUGCGCUUCCUCCUUACUCGCGCGCCGCAAUACAUUAUUCCCUUCUGGUACGCCACCGAGCCCAUGUUCUGGCUGCCGCAUGGCUGGUUCCCUUACUACGCCGAGUGGAUCAUCUCGUUCCCGCGUGCUCCCCUGGGGAGCGUCAGCAUCGCAUCGUGGCAGCUCGCUUGCGCAGGCAUCGUCACACUGCUGAGCGACAUCUUGACCUUCAUCUUCAAGCUCGUUUUGGGCUCAAAGCAGCCAGAAACGCCCGUUACAGCUCCCGCCGAGGAGAAGAGCAAGGAGACGAGCACUACGGACGAGAAGAAGACUUCAUAG